GAAUCUGUUUUGUUUCGAUUGUUUAUUUCGGAAUUGUUACGCAUUUUGUCCAAUGAAGAUAUCGUGAGUGAUAUAUUAAGAAAAGAAAGAUACAUUCUGGAACACUAGACCAGAAUAGUUUACUUUCGUUAGUAGGAUGUCUGUCAAAGUUGGGUGAUUUCUCUGGCCUUGAUUGGACUACCCUAGGUACUACUCGGGUGAUUUAAGCAGUGCUUCUUCAUUCCACUUUGCUCAGAGGAGGUCUAAAACCAAAGAUUAGAUCUGAAGGCAUUCCAGUAAGCUCUCUAAUAUGGGAAGUAAUAGCCCAGUUGUUUUAAAUUCUGGGCUAAAUGCUGCGCCACCACUAAUAAACAGCACAGUGGACGCCAGCGUGUGUGGCAAGGAUGCAUUAACCGAUAGCUAUGGGUGGUUUAUCCAGGCUCUUCUGGCUAGCCUGGCUUUUGGACUCUUGAUUUUGAAGCGAUUUUGUGAGCCAAGAAAGCAUCGUAGAUCAUGGCUAGUGUGGUUUUAUGAUACUUCCAAACAGGGUCUUGGAGCCAUGAUAGUUCAUUUUUGUAAUGUUUUUUUAUCUGAAGCAUUUCGAGGGGAUCCUUGCACAUGGUACAUUAUCAGCUUUCUUUUAGAUUCAACUCUGGGCCUAGUGAUUAUAUGGGUUGGCAUUCGUCUUAGUAUCCACAUUGGCCAGACACAGGGCUAUCCUACAAUAGUAUUUGGUGAAUAUGGUCGGCCUCCAUCAGUUCGGGCAUGGGGUCAUCAAUGUGGUGUGUAUAUAGGACUCAUGGUCAUAGAGAAGAUAGUUAUUACAGGUCUCCUAGCUUUCCCAUUUUGGUCUAAUGUACGAGAUCUCAUACUUGCUCCUAUCAAGGAUCCACAAGCGAGGGUAGUCAUCGUUGUGCUAGUCAUUCCAUUUUUCAUUAAUGCUCUUAUCUUCUGGGUGACCGACAACUUCCUCAUGUUGAAGGUUCAUCGGCCAGUCCGCACUGAGGAGGACCCUUAUGAAGAUGCUUCUUCAGGGUCUUCCAGAAACUACAGUAAGGUUCGCUACAAAAGGAGAGAUGUGCAGCAGGAUGAUGAAUCCGAUAUACUGCUGUCGUCGUCUUCAAAUGAUGAUGAGCUUCUUGGUAAAAAUGAAAACCUCCAGGAAAGACAUGUCGGUCGUACAGUUACAUAACUACGUAGUGUCUAGUUGUUGAGUAAGAGUUUGUAAUGGUAGAUAGUAAUUAUUUGAAUCUCGAAAAUAUAAUCUCAUGAAAUUAUAUUCGUCUUACUUGUGUGAUAUCGCCAGUGAAAAUACAACACUCAGUUGUAGUACUUUAGCAAAAAAAAAAAAUGUAUUUUUAUCAUGUGUUUUAGAAUACAAACUUUAUGGUGAUUUACUCCAUGUCAGUUUAUUACAAUUUAAAGUUAUUUUAUGAUAAGAGUUUCUUUUUAAGGAAAUUUUAAGCAGUGGUUCCUAAUCUAUUAGGUAAAUCAAAUUAUUAUGCUAGGAAAUAUUUAAGUUUCAUUGGCAUUAGUACCUUUACUGUACCUUCCUUUGUCAAAUAAAAUAUAAUUAAUACUUAAUAAUUAUAUUUUAUGUAUAUAUUUUGUUUUACCAAAUGUUUUACCAGAAGUUCAGUUGUUUACACACACAAAGGGAUUGGGACCCUAAUGUUUACUAGCCCAAGGUGAUAGUUAGAAUAUGCAUUAUACAGUUUGAAAGGAGGUGCCUCAGGAUUCUAAAUUAUAAGUCUUUAUUGUAAGAGGAAUUCACCAAAGAAGCUUUCUUUUUGUUAAAUGGUGGUACAGGGGAAAUGUAUAAGUUCUCCUGGCAUCACAAGUCAUGUGCGACUUCUUGUUAAGUGAGUAUUUGGAGGUGCAUGUUAGUAGGUGCUUUUAGGUACUGUGUGGGAUUGUGUAAGAUUUUGUAUUUAUGAUUGGUAAGCCUUCACCCACAGUCUCAGUUGUCAGUUUUGCUGAGAAAAUUAGAAGUUAUUUUGAUACAAUUUAUAAGGAUUACUCAGUAAUUGUGUUGUGUAUCAGCAUAUAAGGGAUGUUUCAAACAUAUUGUUAACAAUUAAGAAAAAAUGUCCAGAGAGGUUUUGUAUAUUUUUGUGUAUUUGUGCCUUUUUUGUAUGGUAAAAUAUAUUUAAUGUAUACUUCCACCAUGUGUGUGUGUACAGUAAUAAUACAAGUACUGUAGCUAUAAAGUUACCAGCUUACUGUUUGCCUCAAAUCUUUUGGAAGAUUUUAUAUCAACUAGUACAUAGAGGUAUAGGUAAGGUGAGAUCAAUGAGGCAUUUAGAAUAAAGUGACUUGGGUAUUUUUAUAAUGUGAAGAUCUGUUUUUUUUCCACUUGUGUGUGCAAGUCGUGGUAGUUGCAUUUUGCAAGUACAGUAAAUAUCAACUGUAACUGUAGUCAGUUUAUUAGUGUAUAAGUAUAGUAUUCUCUUUUUACAUCUUAGUUUCUGUGUCAUGUGCCUUGAUGAGUAUGUUUUUCCUAACUUGUCUUUUGAGUGGUGUGCUGUUUGAUUCAGAGUUCAGCAUCCUCCCAGUGUAUCAUUGCAUACACUGCUAAUUUUAUAAUAAUAUAAUAUAUUUUAGGAGGACAUGGACUAUUUUUCUUUUAUUUGAUUUUUAAAGUAAUUCUAAAAGUGGAAAACAUCCAAACCCUUUAAUGAAAUCUUACAGCAUAGCAUAUUACAACCAUAGUUCCUUUUAAGAAAUGCUUAUUGCUUAAUACUUACAUUUUAAGAUCUAUAUAUUUCAGGUAAAAAUUUUCCCAGAUAACUGUUUUAAAUAGACUUCAGAAUAUGAUUCUGCAUACUGUGAGUUUAUAUAGGAAAGUAAAAUUUGAAAAUGCAAUUAUUUAAGGAGUUUAGUGCACAUAGAAAGAAGUUGUAUAUUUUUGUUUUAUGAAGGAUUGAAGACUUUUUGAUGUUCAGUAUUAUUUAGGGAGGAUCAUGAAGAAGCUGUCAAUAUUUUGUUCCUCCCCUCCAGAUCAAGUACCUUGUUUUUCAGUAGUGAAUCUUCAGCCUUGUGGUUCCCAGUGACUGGCCCUCAUGCUCUAAGGUUCCUCUGUAACUCUAGUGGCUUUGCAAAAGUUAGUAAGAAAUGCAGAGUUUAUUGAUUGCUAAAUAAUAGGCCUUAGAUUGUUGUUUUCAGUAUUUUGUUUUGAUAAUUUUUUCCUAAUCAUCUUUAGAUUAGAAUCCCCUGCCACUUCAUUUAUUCCUGAACAUAUAAAUUUCUCCUGUUUUUAACAAAUACCCCCCCUAUAUUAAGCCAAACAAAUAUUUUGAAGUGAAGUUUUAUGAAAAUGUACUGUAUAUAAGUAUGCAGGCUUUCACUGCAUAUGUGAUAUACAUAUAGAAGCAGUCUGUGGUAUUUCAUAUAAUGGCAUGUACUAUUGUGCUGAUGUAUAUUAAAAUUCAAAGAAUGCCUUCACAUUACAAGAAGACUCUGUAAUCAUUCAGGUUUGCUGAAUUUCAUUUCAUAUUGGUGCUGAGUUUAAGUUGACUUGUGAAAAAAUGCCCAUGGUAUUGUAACAAACUUUUGUGUGUAUAGGAGCAGUUAGAUCAACAUUUAUUGGAUUGGUUUGUUAAGUGAAAAAAAAUUGAGGAUCUUGUAGAGUUUGAGGAACAUUGUGUGCUUCUAAAGUAAGAGUUUCAAAUUUUUAUGCUGGAAAGGAAUGUUAUGUUUUGGAAGUAAUACAUGCAACUGAAGGAGUGUUGCAGUAUUCAAAAAUCUUAAGAAGGAUGCAGCUUUAUUCAAAAAUCUUAAGAAGGAUGCAGCUUUUCAUUUGAAGCCACGUUGCUGCUGCAUGUCCUUUUGACAGUUUUUUAAAAUUACUUUGUAGGUUUUAUUUUUAUCAUGACUCUGUAGCACUAUUUUAACUGGAGUGAAUAAAGGACCAAAUCUUUAAAUAGUAGUACAGUACGUACAUAGGAUAUUCUGUACUGGAAAUGAUUUCACAUUCUAUUUGCUUGAUAUACGGAGAUAUUCCAUAAUGAACACGUAGGAUAUUCUUGGAUAGAUGUUACCUAGGAUGGCUAUGUUUUGUAUAAUGUACUACAUGGAAAAUUCACCAGUGGAAAUUGCCCAGGAUACAUAGUGGGUUUUCACUGAUAAUAAUCAAGGAUAUUCUGCUUUACAUUUUGUAUGGAAUGUUCUGAGUUUAGUUAGCAUGCAUUUCAACAUGAAGAUUAGAAAUUUAAUAUAUUUGAGCUAUAUCGCAAAUCUCAUAUUUUUGCUUGGAUAGCAAUUGAUUAUAUUACUGCUAUGAUUUGUCUUUUUUUAGUAUUUUAAUUAUUAUUAUUAUUAUUAUUAUUAUUAUUAUUAUUAUUAUUAUUAUUAUUAUUAUUAUUAUUAUUAUUGUUAUUGAUAUUAUUAUUAUUAUUAUUAUUAUUAUUAUUAUUAUUAUUAUUAUUAUUAUUAUUAUUAUUAUUUUUAUUAUUAUUAUUAUUAUUAUUAUUGGUUGCAGGUCCACAAUAAUAUAGCUGUGUGAGGGCUGAUUGCAAGUUACCUUUUUUGGACUUAAUAGUCAUUAGAGAUCACAAUAAUCAGAAAUUUAAAUUCUCUGUCUAUUGUAAAACAACCAACUCAGAAAGUUACAUACAUUUUUAUUCAUUCCAUGCCAAUAAUAAUAAGAACAAUGUAGUUAUGAACUUUGCCCUACGUGCAUUUAAAAUAUGCGACCCAAGAGUUUGUUGAGGGAGAAAUCCAUCGCUUAGGAUCAACUUUCAGAGGACUGAGAUGCCUCAAUCAUUUUAUUGACAAAGCCAUUUCACGAGCUAAGCAAGAAAUUUAUUGUCCUGUUAACACUCCCAAGGAAAAGCCUAACGGAUAUUUACCCCUCCCAUUUAAUCCCAGUCUCAACAGGUUAUGGAAAGAUACUAAGAUAGUUUUCAAAUACCCUAACACGAUUAGCCAUGAACUAAUUAUAAACAACAAUAAUGACAAGAAUCCUAUAAUGCGAGGAGUGUACAAAAUCCUCAGUCAAGAUUGUAAGGGAAAAUAUUUUGGGGUCAGUGGAAGAGGACUACAACUCAAUUAGGGGAACACAAACGUGCAUAUGCAUUUCAUGCACAAAACAAUGCCAUAGUCUCGCAUGCCUUCAGCAACAACCACAGACUGAAUUAGGAUGGAGCCGACAUCAUUUUUUAAAAUAACCAUGUCCACACGAGAAGACUGGUGGAAGGUGCCGCCAUAUAUUUAGGGAUGCUUUUUAUGGAAACAAAUCGUUCGUUGGGGAAGAUGCUUUAGUCAAUUUUUAAAUUCUUACGAUCUUCAUUAUAAAUUUUUAUUUUAAGAAAAGCUCUGUUUUUCCUCCGCCUGUUGCUGCCUCCUCUUCUGCUCUCCACCCUCAGACAGAAUACAACAGAGGGGACCUUACGUCUAGCAACCUUGUAUCCACACCAUUGCAGCCCACUAGACGUUCCAGUAGAAUAGCAAACGGGAAUAUACUAAUAUUAACAGCGGAAUUACAUAGUUAGGCAGUUGAGCGCUUCCUUCAUUUGUGUUCUUUGUUGUGGAAUUUUACUACCACUGGCACUUGUCCUGCUCAGAAGUUUACUUCAAUGAAUUUUUAGUCACAGAGUUCAUGUGACUGAGGAUGAACCUAGCACAAGGUUUGAAAGCUAUUGCUAUUUAUUAAAGAACAUCAACUCUCCCACAGCUAUAUUAUUGUGGACCUGCAUCCAUUAUCAUAAUUUUCAAUGCGGAAAACUGUGUUCAUUAUUAUUAUUGUUUAUUAUUAUUAUUAUUAUUAUUACAGUAUGUAGAUAGCUACAUAUAAGUGUCUAUUGUGAGGUUAAGUUUCAGUAUAAUUUUCAUGUUAUUUUUGGUAUUAGUUUCAGCGUACUGAAUUAUUACAUGUGUUUAUUUCCUUAAAGAAAAUGGAUUUUUCUUAAGAGUUUUAUUUCUCUUGUAUUUUCAAUUUGAGUGGCUUUUCCAUUUUUUAUCUACUGUUUUCUGAUUGCUAACUUUCAUGACAGAUGUCUUCCCUUGACUUGAUUACCUCUUCAUUCUUCCUCAUUUUCAGAAGUUGUAAAAAUAUUUGUCUUUCAGUGGCAUUUACCUCUUCUUGAUGAAAUUGUCCUGUAUUCAGAGGAGGAGAUGAUGUAUGUAGAUCUCUGAAGAUUUCUUCACCCGUCCAGUGAAGUCAUUAUUCUAUGUGGCUGUUCCCUAUGAAAUAUACAUUUUGGCAUAAUAA